CUCUCUCUCUCUCACACACACACACACACACACACACACACACACACAGAGUUAAAAUUACCUGUAGCAUUAUGGAAUAUUUGAACUGUUAUCAAUAGACGUUGGAGGAGGUCAAUGGCAACCUCCCCCAUGAUAAUGCAGCUAGUGAUCUAGCUUCACUCAAAACUAACCCUUGAAGCAUAUCCACUAUAGAUGUGCCCACUAGUUGUCUACAUUACUCAGGAGGCUGAGGCAGAAGAAUGAAUGGCUGUCACUUCAGCCACAUAGGAGACUCAGAGAACAAACAUAGCCCCUACGUUCUACGAAAUGGGAGCAGUAGUUCCGGAGGGAUGCCAAUGCCUCUUCCUCUUAGGGCCUCAGGAAUGACUCGACCAGGCAGCACAAAGGUCUCCAGUGGAGAGAACACUCUUCAUAGAGAAUCCAAGGCGAUGAUGUCAUCAAAGGGUUAAUUCUAGACAGGGACGCGGGGGGUGGGGCGGGGGGCGGGACACGCAGCUGUCAGGUGGCGUCGGAAAGAUUAACUGCGGUGAAGAGCUUCACGUCGGGGAAAAUCGAGUCCUGGGAAGGGACAAGAGGUUACCCACCCCGAGUUGGCUCCACAAAGCAUGCGCGCCUGUCUACGACUGGCCUCACCACAGAUUCUUCGCCUCGAUUACUUGCAGCGGGGGACGAUCCGGAGCUCAACUUUCAGAAGAGAGACGCCCCAGCAAGCCUGUUUGGAGGAUCCCAUCAGCUGCUCACCUCAUGGGCCAGACGGCCCUUGCAAGGGGCAGCAGCAGCACCCCAACCUCGCAGGCUCUGUACUCUGACUUUUCUCCUCCGGAGGGCUUGGAGGAGCUCCUGUCUGCUCCCCCUCCUGACCUAGGAGCCCAACGACGCCACGGCUGGAAUCCCAAGGACUGCUCCGAGAACAUCGAUGUCAAGGAAGGGGGGCUGUGCUUUGAGCGGCGCCCUGUGGCCCAAAGCACUGAUGGGGUCCGGGGGAAGAGGGGUUACUCGAGGGGCCUGCAUGCCUGGGAGAUCAGCUGGCCCCUGGAGCAGAGGGGCACACACGCCGUGGUGGGCGUGGCCACUGCCCUCGCCCCGCUGCAGGUUGACCACUACGCGGCGCUUUUGGGCAGCAACAGCGAGUCUUGGGGCUGGGAUAUUGGGCGGGGAAAACUGUAUCACCAGAGUAAGGGCCUGGAGGCCCGCCAGUACCCUGCUGGACCCCAGGGUGAGCAGCUAGUGGUGCCAGAGAGACUGCUGGUGGUUCUCGACAUGGAGGAGGGGACUCUGGGCUACUCUAUUGGGGGCACCUACCUGGGGCCAGCCUUCCGUGGACUGAAGGGCAGGACCCUCUAUCCCUCUGUAAGCGCUGUCUGGGGCCAGUGCCAGGUCCGCAUCCGCUACAUGGGCGAAAGAAGAGAGGAACCACAAUCCCUCCUGCACCUGAGCCGCCUGUGUGUGCGCCACGCGCUGGGGGAGAGCCGGCUUGGCCAGAUACCCACUCUGCCUUUGCCCCCUGCCAUGAAGCGCUACCUGCUCUACCAAUGACCCGGCAGCACCAGAUUGGGCUGGCACCUGGCCAUCAGCAGUACGGUGGGCACAGGUGGAGAGGCACCAUCGGCCUAGACAAACAACAGAAACGCCAGUGAAGCUGAGGGGAGGAGAGGCUGGGCCCCUUCACUAACCCUUAGAGAGGGGCAAGACAAGGAAGAGACUGCAAAGGCUGUGGAAGCCUGGUGCCAAGAUGUUUGUCAAGUAAAAAAACGAGAUGUAUUGUCA